AUGAGUUUCAUUAAUCCUGUGAUUAAUUAUAAUAAGCAGUCUUUUAUAGUUCCGGGAACAGAACGGAGUGGACAAACAGGUCAGCUUAAAAUAUCUCCCGAGCCUGGCAUCACUAAAGUAUGCGAUAUCUGGCAAAGUUCAUUAAAGAAGUUUAAAAAUAGAGAAUGCUUGGGGUUCCGCAAAUUUGAUGAAGAAACAGGAAGUUAUGGAAAUUAUGUAUGGCAAACAUAUGAACAAGUUAAUGAACGAAUUAUAAACUUUGGAAAUGGACUUUUACAUCUUCAAAUGAAUAUAAUAAAAAGUGAUCAAGCUGAAAAAUUUAAGAUUGGAAUUUGUUCUAUUAAUCGUCCUGAGUAUCAUAUAGUUUAUCAAAGUGCAUCUGUAUACGGUUUAAUUGUUUGUCCGCUAUAUGAAACUCUAGGUCCCAACGCUUUGGAAUAUUGCCUGACACAUACCGAAACUUCAAUAGUAAUCGCUUCUAAAUCACUCAUCAAACGUCUGUUAAAUCUUUCCAAAAAGCUUCCAUUUUUAAAGGCUAUCAUAUCACUUGAUUCUUUUGAAAAUUCUGCCUGUAAAUCUCUAUACCUUGAAGCAUCUCAAAAAAAUAUCUUCCUAUACGAAUUUACACAAAUUGAAAAGUUUGGACAGCAACAUUUUAGAGAACAUAUUCCACCUCAACCCGAUGAAUUAUUUAUAAUCAUGUAUACUUCAGGAACGACUGAUGUACCUAAAGGUGUAAUGAUAAGUCAUGGUAAUUUCGUAGCAACAAUGUGUUUGCCUUUUGACUUUCCUGAAGUACCUCCAGGAUCUCGAUCAAUCUCUUAUCUGCCUCUGGCUCACAUAUAUGGUCUCAGGUUCGAAUUCUCGUCAAUUAUGCGUGGUAUAUCGAUUGGUUAUUUCAGUGGAGAUCAAAAUCGAUUAUUUGAGGAUGUUCGAGUUUUGCAACCUAUAUCAUUUCCCGGUGUACCUAGAAUAUUUAACAAAUUAUAUAAAAGCAUAAGAGUUGUUACAGUCGAUGCGACUGGUGAAGAAGGUGAAAUAGCAAGGCAAUUGUAUCAGAAAAAGUUGGAACAUUUUAAAAAAACUGGAGAGUUGAAAUAUGAAGAAUGGGACAAAUUUGUAGAAAAAAAGAUUGGCAAGAUCCUUGGCGCAAAUAUAAGGCGUUUGUAUUCUUCUUCGGCACGAUUAAGUGAGGACGUUAUGGAAUUUUUAAGAAUAGCUCUUGGUGUUAUUUUUGAUAGAGGAUAUGGGCAAACAGAAUCUACAGCAGCAGGGACAAGAGUCCUAGUUGGUGACCUUUCAGC